AUGGCUGCCAAUCAGCAGACACGGGUCCGCAAGUGCAGCCACUGCAGAUCCAGCAUCCUACAUCAAGAACCCGGCAAUCUAACAAACUUCAGAUCUCGCAGGGAGCGCAGUAAGGAACAAGUGAUUUGCAAAGAUAUUGCGGGGUGGCUUUGA